GGCGCUUUUUGGAGCCAGGUGAUCUUUGAUGCCACGAUCGGGAACAAGGAGAAGGGGAUGGGGCAGGUGGAGGGCACGCGGGUCAUCGUUCCGCAGCCGGCAAUGGCCCAGUUGGGCAGUAUUCUGCAGACAACGAUUAAAAAAAAACACGCCCUCGGGGUUGGGAAGGGCGGGCAGGUGACUGAUAUGUUCUUCGCCGUCAGCCAGGUCCUCGAAAUCGGCAGGGAUCGCCUCGAUUGUGCCGCUGUCGCGUCGGCAGAUAUCAGGACCCGGGGCCUCCAUGCGGGUGCCCUCACGGCCGCUGCCCUUGCCAGAAUCUCCAUCGAGGACAGUGUGAUGUUGUGCCGCGAUAGAUGGCUUCGCUCGGAGGUUGGAUUCCAGCUUUCGGGCAGCAGAUUGCGCAUGGCGUCGUGGAGCGAUAACCUAUUUACUUUUGGGCCGCCCAUUGAAGAAGCCAUCGACCGCAUGAUGGAACUCGAGACCGCUCUCCUGCAGGCGCACUCCUUGGAUUUGAAGCCGAGCUCAAAGUGCGUUAUCAAGGCAUCCCCGGCGUUCAGGCCCGGCCGGGAUUUCGUGGACCCCAAAGUUUUCAGUUGGAAGCAGGUUCAUGAGCUACGUGUUCUCGGGCCCGUUCUGGCUGCAACUGGUUCGACGGUGACGGACAUAG